UCGAAUCUCUGGCUUUCGACUGCAGCAGUAGGCACAUUUCGUAUUUACAUUCCUACCUUUCUCAGCAUGUAUAUCGAGCGUGCACUGCCCGCCUCCCGACCAUAAUGAAGAACUCAAUACUGACUCCAAAUGCUGUAGUGCAACAGAAACCCUUAUCAAGGGGAGCCAGACGCGACGUGCACUUAUGCAUUCCACGGAGAAACAAGCCAGCCAUACCGCUCGGCUGACAACUGUUUUGCGACUUUGUCGUACAGUCAGGGAACCGCCGAAUAUACGGCUUGCCCGGAGAGCUAUACUUCUGCUGCCGCCUGGAAAUCAUAUGCAUAUGGGGGCCCUUUCUCUUACACUCGGGAAGACACUUAUUGCUGCCCUACGUAUGUCCGGUGAUAACGUCGGGCCCAGGUCUCUUCUGAACUCGAUACAACGACUGACACCAAUUGAUACAGUGCAUAUUCAUAUAAGAUGGACUGGUUGCCCUUCAGUACUGAUUUCCACGGCACUACUGCCUGGGUCACGGCAAAUACCCACCACCCAUAUUGUAAGGCGACGUCAGUCGAGGUCCUCAGAUCUCAAGUAAUCACCGUGACCCUGGCGCGGGAACCCGAGGUCGUGACGACGACGACCCAGCUGGCCGAUGACGCGACCCUCUUCGCCGAGGCGGCCAUGUUCAGGGCGACCGUUUACUCGGAGCUUGGCGGUUCAUCGACCUGCUGGGGCAAGAGUUGCCCCUACACUUGGACGCCCACGUACACCUACCCAAGUACUAUCACGCCCACCCCCACCCUGCACUACACCCCGCCAGCGUCAUGUGUGGACCCGGACAACCUGUGGGUGGUCACGACGAGCUGCUACCUCACUGCGCCGACUCAGAUCUUCCGGGGCGGAGGCAAUCAAACCCCGGACUGGCUGGCUUGCACCCCAACCAUGGUCGGGGCUCCAGGCUGGUAUCUCAGAGCACCAUGUAGCAUGCCGCUCAGCACCGUCCAGGAGGCCGACACACUGUACUACUCUGGCUGCCCGUCUGGCUAUACUGCCAUCAGCACUGGUUCUAGCCAGGGCUGGUACGACACCUCUCGAUACAACAGCGGGUGGUACGACAUCACUGCCCACAACAGCUUUUGUUGCCCAACCGCAUAUUCGUUCACGACAGGCCCUACCAACGAAGGUCAGAGCACAACAACCGUGCACGACGGCAUGACGUAUGGGCUUUUCGUUUAUCCGCUGCCCAGAUGCUACGCGACCUCUGUGGAUGCCCUGUCGGGUAAGGAGGUGCCCAUGCAUACGACGUCGGACACCAUGGCGUGGGACAAGCGGCAGGAGGGAGACGCCUGGCCGACCACGGUGUCGUGGGACUACGCGCGUGGGACGGUGUGGGCGCAGGCGCAAUAUGCGGGUUAUACUGUCCUCAUGGGAACGCAUACCUGUUACGAGUCCUGCUCGACUUGGUUGGACUACUAUUAUCCCGAUCGGACAGGCGGCGCGACCCCCGCUACGGCAACCACUGUCCAGCCAAGUAGCACCUCCACAAGUGAUGCUUCGAGCGAAGGCCCAGCUGACAGCACAACAACAUCAUCCGGAGCAAAUGGAACAUCGCCGACUCAAAUCGAAACAUCAGGGGCAGUCGUGGGCAUGGAAACUCGGCUAUAUCACAUUGCUGGCUUCUUGUUCUUUAUCCUUGUCUUUUUAAAUUCAUGAUGUAAUCACUACGGAGUUGCCUGAGCCCUGCCGUUGUUGUCGUAUACCACGCAGAGGAAACAUGCCUAUCCGUCACGGAGUCUAUAUUCCCGAUUCGGUACCGCCU